GACCGCGGGCACUGGGUCAGACAUUGGAUCGUCUGGCUCGACAGCGGGCAUCGGGUCACCAGGCAUCAGGUCAUUGGCUCGACAGCGGGCACCACGUCAUCUGGCAAGGCGGUGGGCACCGAGUCACCAGGCACGACAGUGGGCUCUGAGUCAAUUGGCACGACAGCGGGCACCGGGUCAUCAGGCAUGACAGCGGGCACUGGGUCAUCAGGCAUUGGAUCGUCUGGCCCGACAGCGGGCAUCGGGUCACCAAGGAUGACAGCGGGCACCGGGUCAUCAGGUACCGGAUCGUCUGGAUCGACAGUGGGCACCGGGUCAUCUGGUGUUGGAUCGUCUGGCUCGACAGCGGGCAUCGGGUCACCAGGCAUGACAGCGGGCACUGGGUCAUCAGGCGUGAUAGGAUCAUCAGGCUGGAUCAGUUCAUCAGGCCUGGGUACAGACAUUAGGCUGGGUAGAGACAUCAGGCUGAAGUGCGGGUGCCGAGGC